UUAACCGGAUGGAAACUAGCUGCUUCCCAGCAUCGGUGUAUUUUGUUGUAAAGUUAUACAGGACCGAUAUAUCUGUAUUUCAUGGAGGCGAUUUCAGAAGCUGAAGUCGAUGACAGUUCGCCUCAUAUAUCAUUUGGCAAUGCCUUUAUGUCAAGCUGUCAAUCACCACAGGGCACUGAAAAUUAUACUAUUGCACCUCUUGAUUUUGGGAUAGAGCAAGAAAUUGGUUCUGAGAAACAAACGUCAAAAAGAAAACUGAACAGGGCUUUGAAGAAGAGAAACGAAAGAAGUGGCAAAAUAGCAGGACAGCUUUGCAUAUACCAGGUUCAGGAUGAGUCUGCAGAAUUACAGUCUGGUAUUGGAGACCUUGUGCUGGCUGCAGAGUUGAUGGAGAAAGCAAGUGAAAUAACACAUCACCACUUAGAUGAUAUGAGUCAAACUAUUCUGCAUGACCAUGGAGAAUAUUGCUUGCCCGAUGAACCAGAGCUCUUAAAACAGAUGGUAAAAGAGCUGAAAAAGACAACUUAUCAACAGAACCAAUUACUCAUUUCCUUGCAGGAAACACUAGAAUUUAAAGAGAAACAAUACCAGGAGCUGCAGGAGAAAUGGGAAAAUGAAAAAUGGACACUACUAACUGAGAUGGGACAACAAAUUUCUAAUCUGGAAUCAAACGUGAGGAAUUUACAUUGUGAGAAGGAGAUCCUAGAAAAGAAAAACAAAGAUUUACAAGAACAGUUGAUCAAAAGCUCUGGGACAGUACUGUAUUUAGGCCAACAGGUUAAGGAUCGGAGCAGUGAUAGGGAAGAGGGCAGCUUCUGUAUGAAUAGCAUAAAGAGUGAAAGUAAAUGGGUGCGCUUUUAUACAGGAUUUGAAGGAUAUGAACAACUAAAAAACUUUCUUAGUUUUGUAACUGCUGACCAAAAUCUGUGUGCUGGCAAAAUUCGCAAAAGGACAGAAGUUGGACCUCAAAGUGCUCUGAGUCUGGAAGAUCAGCUCCUUCUGGUUCUUACACGGUUACGGCUUGGGUUACUUCUUCAGGACUUAGCCUUCAGAUUCAGAGUGUCCGAAUCCACUGUCUCUCGCUACUGGCUGAACUGGACAGAUCUGUUACAUGUACGGCUCACUCAGAUCCCAAUCCUGUACAGCUCCAGAUACUUGGAACUUUUUGAACCUAAAAGGACGGUGCAACAUCUGGGUCUCGCAUGCACCAUUAUGGACUGUACAGACCUGUUCUUCGAAGUUCAGGCAAAGGACCGCACUAAACCUGCUUCUUCACACCCCUGCAGGAACCAUUAUCUGAGAAGAGGUUAUGCCAUUGCUUCAUCCAAUGGAUUCAUCACCUUUUCAUCUAGUUUGCCAUUUGGAAUAGCUACAAAAGUAAUGGAUGGGCAACCACAGGAAGAGUUAACUGGGGGGAUGUGUUUGCCAUUGGAAUUACCCCCAUUUAUGCAGAAUGUUCCAGUUCAGUUGACACAGCAGCAACAAGAUAUGAGCAGACGUGUUCUCAGCCUUUUGAGUUUAAUAGAUAAAGCUUUGAACUUUCGUUUUUUAAAGGGAGUUUAUCCACAAAGUAUGGAAGCUCAGGUGGAUAGAGCUUGGACAAUUUGUUGCUAUUUAUCUUGCUUACUGCAUGAUCCUAUGGGAUUAUCAUGACAUUAAAAACAUUAUCAAAUUAAAUGUAUUUGCACUAAGAAUAUAGGGAUGCCUUUACUUUUUAUUAAUUUCUGGGGAUUCUACUGCAAACCAGAGUGUUUUAGAACAUGAGAGUGUAUUUACACCUAAAGCACUGAAUUACAAAAGAUCUAAAUACAAAAUGAAUUGUAAAAAAAAUAAAAGGAUAUGAAGCCCACAAUUUGUAUUUUCUAUUAUCAAAUUUGCAUUAAUCUUUUUAUCCUUUGUUGAAGGAGCAGUAAUGCAAUACUUGGAGCUUGCUGAACGCAUCAGUUGAGCCUAUGACAAGAGGCAUAUACGUGCAGUCAACAAGCAGCAGGUAGCACCCAGUAAUGCAUUGCUGACCCUACCUAGGUAUUAGAACAAAGUAAAUUAAAAUAGAAAUGCUUGAAUCAUUAAACAUUUUGGGUUUCAUGUCCCUUUAAAAUAAUUUGAUAACAUGAUGGGUUCUGCAGUCCAAGAACAUACCCACUGAAAAGCAUCAAGUAUGUUUAUCGUCUCUCCAUUGCAGUGCAGACAUAAAUAAGCUGCUGCUUCAAGCAAUUAAGGUGUAGACUAACUAAAUGUUAUAUUAGGAAACAAUUGCAAUGAACUUACAAAACAAGCCAGUAUGAAGACAUGAGGGAAAAAAAACACGUUUGGCUGCAGCAAGCUGCUACUUUCAGCUUUUCCCCCCCCCCAUCCUAUUUAUUUUGUUUAGGAAAGUCAAAUAAACCAUCUAUUUAAAGGGAUUUUAAAAAGUGAUCCUUUGGUUAGAACAUGUUAAAGGGACAUUAUACACUCGUUUUUGUCUUUGCAUAAAUGUUUUGUAGAGAAUUUGAUAUAGCCCAUAUAGUUUGUUUUUUUUAAAAAUGGAGAGUUUUGCUUAUUUUUAAAUAACAUUGUACUUAUUUUCAGACUUCUAACCAAGGCCCAAAGUUUUAGAAUACUGAAGUAUACCUACUCCAGCUGGCUCCUGUUUGUGUAAAGGUUCUUUUCAUAUGCAGGGGGGGGGGGGGGCUGUUAUUUUUCACUUGCAGUGGGUGUUCCAGUAACCUUUACAACAGAGCUAAGCUGGAUUUUUAGAUCAGUAUCUGUGCAUAUUCUUCUUUAGAGUAGUCUCUAUUGCAUGCAGUUAUAUGAAAAUUGGUGUAUACUGUCCCUUUAAAAUCAAAGUAAGCCUAAAACAAAAAAGAUUGUAUAAAACAGCAAACAAACUUGUUUUUGUGUACAAAAUUAGCACUCAGAAAUUCUCAGCUUAGCCCUGGCCCCAGUGUUAUAUGCGAGCUGUGAUCUUUGAAACUUAAAGGGACAGUCUAGGCCAAAAUAAACUUUCAUGAUUCAGAUAGAGCAUGUCAUUUUAAACAAUUUUCCAAUUUACUUUUAUCACCAAUUUUGCUUUGUUCUUAGUUGAAAGCUUAACCUAGGAGGUUCAUAUGCUAAUUUCUUAGACCUUGAAGGCCACCUCUUUCAGAUUGCAUUUUAACAGUUUUUCACCACUAGAGGGUGUUAGUUCACGUAUUUCAUAUAGAUAACACUGUGCUCAUGCACGAGAAGUUAUCUGUGAGCAGGCACUGAUUGGCUAGACUGUCAAAAGAACUGAAAAAGGGGCAGUUUGCAGAGGCUUAGAUACAAGAUAAUCACAGAGGUUAAAAGUAUAUUAUUAUAACUGUGUUGGUUAUGCAAAACUGGGAAAUGGGUAAUAAAGGGAUUAUCUAUCUUUUAAAACAAUAACAAUUCUGGUGUAGACUGUCCCUUUAAGUUACAUUCUGACUGACUUAGAUAUGAGCAAGUCUGACUCCCCUGUUAUCUAGUCCAGGGUUCUAGAAACUUGUUUUUCCCCAAAGACUCGGUGCCAUAUCACCACAUACCUUUGUGAUACUAUUUUUAACCCCUUAAUGACCACAAUGUACCCUGUAUGUCACUGGUCGUUAAGGGUUUUUUCAGGACAUAAUAGCACAAGUCUAGCAAGAACACGCUAUUAAUACCCUCCCUCCAGCAGGCUUUGUGGAAUAGAGCAGUCUCAACACUGGUGGCAAGACCGCGCUAUAAAACAAUCAAGUCCCAAAAAAAGGCCAGUGACAUACAGGGUACGUCGCUGGUCCUUAAGGGGUUAAUCUUGGUCUGAACAUUUCUGAAGUAAUAUAACAAGAUAGCUGCAGGUUUUGGCAAAGUUUCUAAAAAGUUUGCUUACUUCAUUUAUGAUUGUAGUCAAAGUGUUCUAAAAAGGUAAUACAAAAUCAGGUCGUGACCCAGAAGGCAUAGUUUUGAAACCCAUUAAUGGGUCCUGACCCAUUGUUUGAAGAACCCUUAUGUAGUUUAUUCACUUAAUAGUAACAAGCGUAGAAGUUUUAUGACAUCAAAGAAACCUUCCUGCAGAAGCCUCCUGUGACGGGAAUCAAUGUACAACAGCACGCACGUAGUAUAAAAAGAUAAAAUCCAUUCAAAACUAUGAUUAAUAAUAUUGCAAUGAUCUCUAUUAAAGGGACAGUCUAGUCCAAAAUAAACUUCCAUGAUUCAGAUAGGGCAUGUAAUUUUAAACAACUUUCCCAUUUACUUUUAGCACCAAUUUUGCUUUGUUCUCUUGGUAUUCUUAGUUGAAAGCUAAACAUAGGAAGUUCAUAUGCUAAUUUCUUAGAUCUUGAAGGCCGCCUCUAAGAUUAAUGUAUUUUGACAGUUUUUCACCACUAGAGGGUGUUAGUUCAUGUGAGUCAUAUAGAUAUCAAGCUCACGCAUGUGGAGUUACCUAGGAGUAAGCACUGAUUGUCUAAAAUGCAAGUCUGUAAAAAUAACUGAAAUAAGGGGGCAGUCUUCAGAGGCUUAGAUACAAGAUAAUCACAGAGGUUAAAAAUGUAUUAAUUCAUGUAAAAAUUCUGGUGUAUACUGUCCCUUUAAGUAUAAGACACUGCUUAGUCACUUAAUUGGCAAAACUUAAAAUUGUUUUGCAGUAUCUUGUCAUCUCUGCUGAGGUCAAUAAGGUACACACAUGGUAGGGUUAGGCUUAUGAAGUAUGCACUUACAAUUCUCAGAUUUGGAAAUCCCAGUUUACAAAGUUAAAUUACAGGAAAACAUUUUAUAUUAAACGGUUUAAAUGUAGUUGGAUUUAAAAACCCACACAAAAGUGACAAAGGGAUUUAAAAUGUUAACUAAACAUUGUAUGCUCUUUGUAAACCAGCACAUUACAUUUUGACUUGUAUCCCAUUAAAAUGGAAUAAAACAAGUUUUUCACCAUGA